CUUCUCCUUUUGAUUGAGGCUGUUUCUAAGAAAGCCAUGUCCAUUCUUGACUUGUCUGCGAUCAAGAAGAAGCAAGCGCCUAACCCCGAGUAUUAUCGGCGACGUCGUCAACAACUUGAGAAAGGUAUCGUUCAAAGACGACAUGCUGUCUCAACCAAAAACAAUAUUGAUUAUAUCAAAAGACGGUGGCGCAGACACUGCGAAUACUUAGGGGAAGACCCUCUUCAGUUCCUCGUUGCGGCACGGAAAGAGGAUAUCAUGAUCUUUCUGGAAUGGAUACUUGACAACUCCAAUAUUAAGAAGUUUAGCAGCCUACACGAACUCUGGAGGCAAUGGUGCCAGCUCUAUCGCAAAGCUGUUGGACGUAGUCUUCAUGCAAAGUGCUGCCAGGACAUCAAUGAUUACAUGAAAGAGAAUCUGGUCACGCGUUACAAUCUUGAUAUGUCUGUUGGAGAAAAACCCGUCAUGAACGUUGACGAUUUGUAUCUUGUCCUCCACCAUCAUUGGACAAAAGACACAACACCCUACCCUGAUGGCCGACAAAUAAUCCAGCUCGCCUUCCUUCUUUUGGUAUCGGCUUAUACUGCGAGUCGACCAGGAGCACUGGUGUAUGUUGAAAAGAACGAGCGUACUAAUGUUCAGCACUUUUUCAGCAAUGCGGACGAUCAAGAGGAGGAACAUGAAGAUGAUUGGGACCUCAGGCAUGAGGAUCUCAAAACUCUUUGUUACGGACAGAUCAGCUUGAUUCUGCUACCAAACCCUGGAGGCAAGCGUGACCACCUUGUCAUGGAAAUUGACUUGAAGCAUACCAAGGGCCAUCAAGGCAGACCGAAAAAGAAAAUAUUCUUGAUGUCUGAAGUGAAGCAGCCUGUCUUCGACGUCAUAGUUCUUUUGCUUGCAAUGGCGAUUCUUGACGACGCCUUUUUAGCAAAUAUUCGUUCGGUCGAGGAUAUUUUCAAGACUCGUGUAUCUUUACCGCGUCGAUCCUUGAGGUUGGAUUUCAAAAAAGACAAACUCAACGUGCCCAUCUGUCGCCAGCCAGUUUCCACUUCUUCUGGAAUGACUACUGACCACAUCAAACCUCUGAAGUACCACACCUAUUUAUAUUUUCUCCAGCGAUUAAGCUUAGCUGUAGGUAUGAUUCGGGCUAUGAAACCUUACGAUCUCCGGCGCGGUACUGGUGAGGCGGUCGACAAAACUGCAUCACUACCAUUGCUCCAGCAGGUGAUGGGCCACGUCUAUGCCAGCACAUUUCAGAAAUAUAUGAACCAGCGAGUUCAGACACAUGUUCAAGCCGCGUUUCUCGGGUUACCUUCGGAAGAUGCAUUAAUGAACAUCCUUAGCCACCAAAGUCGCUUCAUUGAUCCUCGAGCCCCGUCUAAAUACGACGAUUUGCCUGAGAAAAAUAGGGCUUCCCUAACAAACCACCCUGAGAUAAUACGCCUGCAGCAAAUGCGUGAUACCCUCGCAGUGGAAGCUAGGGAGCUAUAUGGGUCUAUGAAGAAUGCAACAGACACAAAGAUUGGAGAGCUCAAAGCAAAAGCAGAUGCUGCAUUGAGAGUAGCCAAAAAGAAGUUGAAAGAAUCAACGUUCACUGGUGCUCGCAAUGAGUUUUUUGCCACUAUCGAUACUGUGGAAAUCAACAAGCAACUUGAUCCAUCACUAUUGGACAUGAAACAGGAUACUUACGAGCCGGAACAAGUUGUCCACUGCCUCAAAGAGCGUCGCCGAGUGGCAGAAUUAAUGCAAGCCCCAUGCCAGGAGCCUCCGCAAGAAGAUGACAUCCUACGACGAGUUGUUUUAAUAAAUGCCCUUAUUGAUCUUGGUCGUGUCGAAAGAGUACCAUCCGAAAACCUGGUUUCAAAAGAAUCGGCACAGGUUACAAUCACCAGCGAAAGCCAGAAGUCCUCACCAGAUGACCCCCCUCGAUCAGAACAAGGUCUUUCUCCCUCUCCAGAGCCACGAGACCGACCAAUUUCUCUCACAAAUCGGCACUGUCUCUUCUGCGUCUUUGAGCCAAACUACCAAUGUUAUUUCGCAACAACACGUAAAGCCAGAGAGCACUUCGAGAAGCAUCUCCGUCACUUCAAGAGAGACGAGUUUAUCUCAUGCCCCGAUAAAUUUUGCGGACUUGCUUUUCGUGGACAUCGAGCCUUCAAAAACCAUGCAGAGAAGGUUCACUCAAUACGUUACUUCACCGAAGCACAGCGUAUCAAAGCUGGCUUAUAGAUUGUUUUGAUUGGUCGCGGAC